ACACCUCCUUUCCACCUUCCAUCAUGUCUGAGACCGACCUCCAGAGCAAAUACGUCCUUCAGACGGCUGGGUUUGAUGCCCGGUUCCCGUACACCAAUCAGACAAGGCACUGCUACCAAAACUACACCGAUUACUUCAAGUGCAUAUCUGCAAAGGGUGAGGACUUCGCGCCCUGCAAGCAGUUCAAGCGUGCCUACCACUCUCUUUGCCCCAAUGAAUGGAUUGGGAGAUGGGAUGAUCAGAGGGAGAAUGGCACUUUCCCCGCCUCCCUGGAGCCGUGAUUCUACUACCACGACACUCGCUCUAGGUCAAUAGAACGCUUGGUGUUUCGGGGCGAUUAAUCAUUACUAGCCUUUCACUUUUCAUCGUUUCCAAAUCACGCGACUGAGCAACUCAGGGCUGAGCUAUUCGUCUGGACCUGAGGCUAGUUCACACAGU